AUGAAUACCACUAGUAUUGGACUUAGGAGUGAAACAUCACACUCAUCUUUGAAUCACAUUCCUGAUGAUGGGAGGCUGGAAGAAGAGCCUACUCCAACUCCAACUCCAACUCCACUUAGUGCUGAGUCUACUCCCAUUGAAAAGGAAACCGACGACAACAGCAAACAUACUAAAACCAAAAAAACGAAAAACAUUCCAAUGGAACUAACAGCAUAUGGUACAACUCCUUCAGGUAAACCACGAUUAUUCGUUUGUCAAAUCUGUACACGUGCAUUUGCGAGAUUGGAGCAUUUGAGGCGACAUGAGAGAUCUCAUACAAAGGAAAAACCAUUUAGUUGUGGAGUAUGUCAAAGAAAAUUUAGUCGGAGAGACUUGUUACUACGUCAUGCACAGAAGCUACAUGCUGGUUGUACUGAUGCAAUCACUAGACUUAGGCGUAAGUCCAUAAGGCUGAAAGAAGAUGAAGGUGAAGAUGAGGCCAGUCCAGUAGCUCAAGAUACAACAAAGAUAAAAGCUGAACCAGUAGAGUUUAACUUGAACUUGUUUGACUCGAAAGCCAACACGACUAAAGCAAAAGUACUGAAGGCAAAACGUAAUAGCAGUGCGUUUGCACAGCAACCAUCACUCCCGACGGGUGCCACAGUGACUCCUGCGUCGUCUACAUCUUCAUCAGCCAACGCUACUAGAAAGAGCUCCAAUCCAGCUAAUUUGAAAAGACAAGCACUUGAGCACAAUAGGCAUACACCUGAUUUGACUGGUUCUACGGGGAUCGCCAUAACUCCAACAAGAGCGAGAAGAGGAACUUCCUUUUCAGCACAGUCGGGUGCAAACUAUGCUGUCAAUAUACCCGAGUUUAGUGAUGUAUAUCCACAAAGUGACAAUGUUGAAUUUUCAACACCUCAAUUUUUGCCAUCAAGUUCAGCAGAUGAAAUGAAUUGGCUAGAUAAUCUUGCUCAUAUACCCGGAUUAUCUGAUACUUCCAAUAUUGUCAAGAUGCAACGUACAAGCUCCAUAACGUCUGGUAUUAAUGGGUACCCAACGCCACCAGUCAAUGUUAGUCAUCAUGGGUCAUUUUCCCACCCUUCAACUUUUACGGCAAUGGGGCAAACAAGAACUGAUAGUGUCAAUAGUACAAAUUCGCAAUUUGAUGGAGGAUAUAUGAUGCCAACAGUUACAUUGACAAGUCAAGAGAUUCAGAAUGGCGUAAAUGCGCAUCAUCAACACCAACUACAACACCAGCACCAGCACCAAUUACAACAGCAGCAGCAGCCACCACCGCUACCACAACAACAACAACAACAACAACAACAACAGCCUCAACAGCCUCAACAACAACCUCCACCACCUUCACAAGCUCAACCACAGGCUCAACUGCAAACAUUUCACCACACUGGACAACUCGACAAGUACUUGGAUGGUUCAGGAUACUCCUUUUACGAUAUACCUGAUGAUGUUUUGGAUCAAGCAUUGCAUAUGGAUCCUACCUCGCAUAUUCGAGUAUUGACUCCUAUACUUCAAGAACCCGAUGAGGAUCGUGUACCUGGUAGAACCGAUGAAGCCGUCAAUCCUGAAUGGAAUUUCCUUAAUGAUAUUGAUGAAUUGACUCACGAAAUUGAUGUUGGAGCUAAAUUCAUGCCUGGUGGAUACUCCUUUUAUGGCGACCAGUUUUCCGCUAGCUCUUCUGGCGUUGACGCUAGCUCUCCAGCUAAUUUGAAAUCGCCACCUAAAGCCAAUAGCUCUCAGCUGAAUGUAGUGAAUCCCGUUUUUGAAAACACAAUUGAUCAACAUACAUUGCUAAAUUUGGAAAAUGCAACAACGCCUCAAAGGGAACUCUUUGAGCAGAUGCCCAAGAUGAGAUUGAGCAAUUUUUCAAGAAACAAAAUGUUCACCAAUCAUAUGCGCCAGCUAAUCAGUCGUGCUUUGAACAAGUAUCCCAUCAGUGGGAUUUCUACUCCAGUUAUACCCUCAAAUGAAAAAUUGGAAUCAUUUCUUUAUCGGUUUGUUGGGGAAUUUUUGGCUCAUUUUUCAUUCAUACAUGUGUCAAAAUUGAAUGAGUAUGAGAUUAUGAGUAUGGCUUCUGAUGAAGACGAAUCAAAUGAAAGUGCUAGAGUUUGUUUACCUUUGUUAGCUGCUACAAUUGGUGCGUUAUUAGCCAACUGCAAAAGUGAAUCCGAACAUUUGUAUGAAGCUUCAAGAAGAGCCAUUCACAUUUAUUUGGAGAGUAGGAAAAACCCACCACAGACCAAAGCCAAUGAUGGAGGAGGUAGUACGAAGAAUCCACUUUGGCUUAUACAAUCGCUUACGUUGUCGGUCAUUUAUGGAUUAUUUUCUGACAAUCCAAACAAUGUAUUUAUUGUUAUGAGACAAUUGAAUGCGUUAAACUCGCUUGUCAAAACAUCAAUCAAAACCAACGAAGCUAUUCUAUUUUCUAUACAUGGUGAGGACAGGAUGAUUUAUGACAAGUUGGUUGAAUCAAGUAAAAAGCAAGCUGAGGAGGUUUCGUUAUUUUCCAAUACUUUAAGUGAUGAGUUAAAGUUUAAGAAUUUGAUUAAUUUGCAAUCACAAUCUCGAAUUGUUUACAUUAUAUAUCGAUUGACGAAUUUCCUUUCCAUGUUGUAUAAUGUGCCAUUGACUUUAUCGGCAAAUGAUUUGGGUGAAUUGGUUGUCCCUAAUAGAAAUGAUGAAUAUUUGUGGAGUUUUAAAAGUUAUCAAGAUUUCCAAGAAAGUUGUUCAAUGAAUGGUGAAACUUUGAAUAUGUAUUCGCGAACAAGUACUAUUCAAUUUAAAGAGUUGUUGCUUCGGAUAUCCAAAUCGGCUAGUCCUAGCGUCCCUGCAAAUGAAGAGCUUGAUCGUUCAAUUGCAUUUAGUCUUGAUCAAUUGGGUAAAUGUGGAUUCACUUCGUUGGUGCAUGGAAUAUACGAAAUCAAGCAAUAUAAGGAAAUGGCCAAAAUUGAUGCCUUUAAAGUCUUGGAUGAAAUCAGUGUGCAUUUCCCCAUGGAUGGUGACAAACACAAGUUGCAAAGAGAUUACGAAAAGAUUGAUUACUUGUUGUUGAGUAACUAUACCAAGAUUGUCACGGCGUUGAAUAUGAAAUUCAUCAAAGAUCAAUUGUGGUUCAAGACUUUCCAAGAUUUAGUAAACAACUUUGAUUUUGCGUUUACCAGUUUCCCUAGUAAAGGUGAUGAAAAUGUCGAUGAUGACUAUUUACGCGUUGCUGAUUGUUGUAUUGAAUUGAUCAAGUUGCUUUCGUUUGGUACUAUUGAAAUUGGCGGAUCUAAUUUACAUCAACAACCACAAACUGGCGCAAAGCAUAGUUCGGAAAUUCUUGGACAAGAUCCAUUCAGUACUGAUUUUGGGUACUUGGAUAACACGUCGAAUUCAUUUAUUGAUGAUCACAGUUUUCUUCAUCAUGAGAACACCAAUAACAAUCAUGGACAUAGUGCAUCUCAAAACACAGUCAAGAUUCAAUUCUCAUCGCAAUUUGAACCGACAAAGGAUCUCGUUCAUGCACAAAUGUUGUUUCAUGCAUUCAAUACCAUGGUUUUGUUUUCAAUAUAUUUGAUUAGACGUAAAUCGUUACUUUGCAAACAGGGACUACUCGGUGAUGAAACACAUUGUGAAUCAUUGAAACCGCUCACAACUAAAUUGCAACUGAUGGUAUCGGUGGUUGAUCAAAUUGCAGCAGAAUUGAACCAACAUGGUUAUAAGCACCCUGGAGGAGAUGAGUUUGGUGGUGGUGGUGGUAGUAAUGCGGGCAUUGCUAAUCCUUCAUCAACAACAUCGCCUUUGCAACCGGGUGGUGGUGGUGGUUCUUCUGCACAUACCAGUCCUCAAGUGAAAUUGGAACAUGGUUGGUCGACGUUAUCCUACUUGACGAGUGGAAACCCUGCUGCGGCUACUGUUGCUGUUGCAAAUGACACUUUAGAGCCAAGUAUAGAAACAACAUUGCACAUUCUUGAUGUUGGUGAAUUGAUGAUGAGUUAUUUAUACGAGUCGCAAUUGCGCGUCUCCAUUUUGAAGAAAUUGGCGGUCAACUUGCUGAUGAUGAAACGAUAUGUGGUUGAGAAUAAAGAUAAAUUGGUAGAUUAA